ACCAAUGUACCAACAAUGUCCGUUCAUUUCAAUACUCCGGCGGUCACACGAUUGAAAAAGAGUAUAGUGGAGUUUUGCCUAGGGCGUGUGUGAUGGUUGGAUAAAUGUCUACUACCUACUUGGCUUAGCAAAAGCAAGUGUGCCCAACUAUUAGUACAGUAGGUCAAAUGAUCGUGUUUAUGAUCUCUAGGUGCAUUAGUACGGGAACGUUGAAAAUAUAAGUACCUUAAUGUAAUUGUACAUAUAAGUCCUUAGUUAUUACUUAUUAGGGUUAAGAAAAUCUCUAUAUAUAUAUGUAUGUAACCCGUGUAUAUUGGGUAACGAGAUUAAUAACAUUGACUUGGAGAGCCUGCUCUCCCGUGGACUAGUCCUGUUGAUCAGAGAAACCACGUUAAACUCGGUGUUCUUGUUCGUUUGAUUUUGACAUGGUAUCAGAGCUUCUCUGAUUCACGGACUGGUAUUCCUUCCUUGCAACAAGUUUCGGUGACUCCGUUCCGCAGCUAAGGUUUGGCAGCUAGGGUUUGUUCGGCAGGUUUGCGCUGCAUUCUGAUCUCAUUCUUCCGUGCGUUCUGGUCUGGUUCUUCCACGUCUGCUUUCUUUUCGCGGGCAGGUAUUUGUUUUCAGCUUUGUUUAUUCUCGGCACUGUGGGCUGUUUGUUCGGUUGUCUAAGAUGGAGUCUCAGAAGGUUGGCAAUAUCUCAGUUAAGUUUGAUGGAAAGAAUUUUCCAUUAUGGGAGUUUCACUUUAGAAACUUUGUGGAGGGACAACGACUCUCUUCGAUUCUGACGGGUUAAUUGAAGAAACCCGCCGACACAGCCAAUGAGAAGGAGAAGGUCGACUGGGCCGCCUCCAAUGCUCAGGUCAUUACAUGGUUGCUGGGCAGUGUUGAUGUCCCGACUGCCCUCAGUUUACGUAGGUUUCGCACUGCUCAUGAGAUGUGGAAACACAUCUGUAGUACGUACUCCCAAGCUGAUACUUCUCGGCUUUAUGAACUCGAGCUAGAGCUUGGUGGUUUAGCUGAAGGUGAUCGUGAUGUGCGCAGUUAUUAUAAGCAUGCGCUUCAUCUAUGGACUGAAUGUGAUCUGGAAACUGCUUCUUUAUUGACUGGUGAAGCUUUUGCUGAGGUUCAAAAGGAGCGCUCUCGGACUCGUAUUAUGUAGUUUUUAAUGAAACUAAGGGCUGACUUUGAGCCCAUUCGAGCCUCCUUAAUUCAUCGAGGGAUCACCGAUUUGGAUUCAGUUGUUAUCGAGCUCAUUAGGGAGGAAACAAGACUCAAAAGUCAGUCCCACAUUGAUCAUCCCAUCGCCGAUUCUGCAUUUGUUGUGGGUCGAUCCAGUUUGUCCUCUCGUCCACAGUUCAGCGCACCUCCUAGUGGUGAUUUGAUCUGCCAUCAUUGCCAUGAGUCAGGGCACGUUCAAAUUCACUGCAAGAAACGAAAUUACUUCAAUUAUUGCAAGAAAACAGGUCACAUUGUUCUUAAGUGUCCUCCUCUUGUGAAGAGGGGCAAGGUUCGCUAUCCUACAUAUGCCAUGUCUUCUAGAACUUCUUCAUCAGCAGUCCGUGUCUCAUCAAAGCCUUCAGGAGCUGCCUUUGUUGUUUCGGACAUGCCUCAUGCGCAGCCUGAGGUCUCUUCUGGUGGACACAAUGUAUCAUUAUCUUCUGAUUUUGUUAAGAAGCUUGUUCAGGAGGCAUUGCAGGAGGCUCUGCCGCAGGCCUUGACAUCAGCAUUUGCUACCGGUGCUUUCUCCGGUACGUCAGCUAAAUGGUUGUUAGACUCUGGCGCUUUUAAUCACAUGACCCAUGUCUGUCAUACUUUUGAUAAGCUAGAACCUGUGUCGACUUUGCAUCUGCGGGUAGCAAAUGGGGAUCAGAUUCCUGUGGUUGGUCGGGGUACUUCAUCUACGGGCUCCAUUACUCUACCAAAUACAUUAUAUGUUCCUAGUUUGCUGCCAAAUCUCGUUUCUGUCGGCCAGUUAGCUGAAACAGGUUGUGACGUUAAGUUUAAUUCAACCGGUUGUGUGGUAUAGGACCAGAAGACGGGGGAUGGUGAUCGUGAAGGGAAGUAAACAUGGUCAUGUCUAUGUGUUGGACGAGCUGGGGCGUUUUCCACAAGCUGCCGCGGUGGCUCCAGGAGACUCUGCUUCUGCUUCGUCAGCUCAGUUAUCUUGCAACUCAGUGAAUUUAGUCGGAUUGUCUUUGUCCAAGAAAAAAACUAUUUGGGA